AGACACUCGUCCAUUUGUUUACUAAUAAGCAUGCGAUUUUUGUGCCGUGGGUAAUGCGAAAAGUUAAGUUCAAGCCACAUUGAGAAUUAAUAAUCAGAUAUCUAAAAUUAUUCAAUAUGCGAACUUCAGGCUAUCGUUCAUACAUGAAAUGUAUUACACGUCUAAGUACACAACAACCUAAUCUUCGAACUAAUAUUUCCAAUAAACUGUUGAGUAGUAAAUUCUGUGGUAUCAUCUCACCGAUUUCAAACACACAUCAAUUACGCUGGAAAUCAGGGAAAGAUGAUAUAUCUUCUAUUGUAAUUCCUGUUCCUCUUACACCAGCUAAUAGUGUCGACGACAUAAAUGUCGGUGAAGAACUAUCCACAAAAAUUAAUAAAGAUGACAUUUUAAAACUUAUAAAUAAGUUUUAUAAACAGCCUGAAGUCACUAUAGUAGCUGCUGAGAAUGGAUUAGAUUCUAAAUUGUUUCAUAGAGCAGCUAUUAGUUUUAGGAAUUUUUGUAUGGAGUCAGAGCAUUUACCUGUGGAUCUGCAUAUAGCUUUAAGUGAUAUUUUGCAGGGAGCAGGUCAUGUCACAGACAUUCUGCCAUAUUUUCUCGAUCAUGCCAAGCAAAUUUUUCCUCAUUUAGAAUGCAUGGAAGAAUUGAAGAAAAUUAGUGAUCUACGACAACCUUCUAAUUGGUAUCCAAAUGCCCGUACAAUCAAUAGAAAAUUAGUAUUUCAUGCUGGUCCUACAAAUAGUGGAAAAACAUAUAGAGCUUUAGAAAGAUUUAUGACUUCUAAGAGUGGAGUUUACUGUGGUCCUUUGAAACUUUUAUCAGUAGAGGUUUUUAAUAAAACAAAUGAAAAGGGUACACCAUGUGAUUUAGUUACUGGUGAAGAAAGACAAAUAGUUUUGCCAGAUAAUACCCCAGCAAAUCAUGUAGCUUGCACUAUUGAGAUGGUAUCAGUCGAAAACAAAUAUGAAGUAGCUGUGAUAGAUGAAAUCCAAAUGAUUAAAGAUCCUGGAAGAGGUUGGGCUUGGACAAGGGCUCUUCUAGGACUUUGUGCCGAUGAGAUACAUAUAUGUGGGGAAGCUGCAGCUAUUGAUCUUGUAAGAGAAAUUGCUAACUCUUGUGGGGAAGAGCUUGAGGUCAGAAAAUAUGAGAGGUUGACUUCUUUAACCAUAGAAAACAAUGCAUUAAUGGAUUUGAGUAAUAUUCAACCUGGCGAUUGUAUAGUUUGCUUCAGUAAAAAUGACAUAUUUACUGUAAGUUUAGAACUUGAAAAGAGAGGCUUUGAAUGUGCUGUAAUUUAUGGUGGAUUACCUCCAGGUACUAAACUUGCACAAGCAAAAAAAUUUAAUGAUCCUAACCAUCCAUGCAAAAUUUUAGUUGCUACAGAUGCUAUUGGAAUGGGCUUGAAUUUGAGCAUCCGUCGAAUAAUUUUCUACUCUCUCAUGAAGCCAGUCAUAAACGAAAAGGGUGAGAAAGAAAUCGAUACGAUAUCUCCAUCUCAAGCUCUCCAGAUCGGAGGCCGAGCUGGUCGUUUCAAUACUCAGUUUUCGGAAGGUUUCGUUACAACGUUUCGUAAUGAAGACCUCGCCAUUUUGAAGAGCAUCAUGUCUAAAGAUGUUGAGACGUUAGAAAAGGCUGGAUUGCAUCCCACUGCAGAUCAAGUGGAGUUGUUUGCUUAUCAUUUACCCCACGCAACUCUUUCCAAUCUCAUAGAUAUCUUUAUAAGUUUGUGUAUAAUGGAUACAUCGUCAUAUUUCAUGUGUGAUACAGAAGGAUUUAAGUUCCUUGCUGACAUGAUUCAGCAUAUUUCGUUGCCUUUAAGGGCACGUUAUGUAUUUUGUUGUGCCCCCAUCAAUAAGCGACAGCCUUUUGUUUGCUCAAUGUUUACAAAGUUUGCCAAGCAAUACAGUUUAAAUGAACCUAUGACAUCCACUAAGCUGUGUAAAAUAAUUGGCUGGCCCUUUUCACCUCCACAAAAUAUUGUACAAUUGGUGCACCAAGAAGCUGUAUUUGACGUUCUGGAUUUAUAUCUUUGGUUAAGCUAUCGGUUUCCAGACCUGUUUCCAGAUGUGCAGGCAGUGCGCAAAAUUCAGCGUCAAUUAGAUGAAAUUAUCCAGCAAGGUGUAUUUAAUAUUACUCAUCUCCUGAAAGCUGAAGAAGCAGCAGAUGAUGUUGAAGACCAUGUAGAAUAUAAAACUUCCAAUCGUAGAUAUAAAAGUUCACUUGAUAGUGCAGAUGACUUCGAUCCAGACGAUAUCAUGAAAUUUGGAAAAAACAGUAACAGUUUCAGUAAAGGUCGAUUAACUCAAGAACUUUUAAGCCAAGGUCUACUAACUCCUGAAAUGUUAAGGACACUCCAGAAAGAAUGGGAACAAUCUUUAGAAGAAAGUCAAAGCCCUUUUAAUCCAUUGAGGUCAAAAAAAUUUUCAAAAGUUCAGACAAGAAGGAAUAAAAAGAAAUAAUCUAGAAUUGUACAUUAAGAGCUUAUAAAAUAUUUUAUUGCAGACAUUUUCCAGUGUGAUUUUUAAAAAUAAUUUAGAUCUGAAAUGAAGUGAUGAAUGUUUCCUGACUCAUAUUUUGCCAAACAGUAAUAAAUUUAAUACUUUUUAGUUA